ACCCGACUGGACACCGAAGAUUGCGUGGCCGUUACACCCAACGGAACACUCGUACUGCACUUGAACAAGGAAACCUACCAGACGCUCGGUCUAGAGGGACGGGUUUCGCAGUUUGCCCGCAAAAGGAACACGAAAUACGCUAAACCAAUACCACCGCGGUGAUGCCGAGAAUUGGUCAACCGGGUCGACUGGAAGAACUCGCAAUGAAGCAGUCCGUGGCACGGGUUUGUCAGAUUGCUGAAAUGUUGAUACCACAGAUGCUGUCGUGUAAACAGGACGGCACCGAGGGACAGAAGUAUCUCCGUGCGGUCGUGGUGGAGCUGUGGGACCAGUUCGAUCAUUGCGUACCCGGUUAUCUGUAUGACGAGAUGGCCCACGAAAUGAUCCGACAGCUUUCGCACCUGAUCGAACGCGUCAAGCAGGCAAUGGAAAUCCGAGCCUCGAUGGCCAAGUUCCUGUGCCAGGUAAAUGUGGUGAUCGCCAUGUCGGAACUGUUGUUGUCUCGGAAAUUGCGAAUAUUGGAAAUUGAUAAAAUACCGAAAAUGAUGCGACACUUAUUCUAUGCGAAAAUGAACCGUUUGAAAGGUUUGAGGUACUUGAGCUUGGGGUCUAUGAGUGGAGGUUGGAAAACGGAUGACAUGGAAAAGACUAUCAUGAAUUGUUUGGAACCGAUGAGAAAUCUCAGGGCGUUGACGCUGAAUUACGACUGUACGGAUACGAUUCUACGAGCAUUGUCCAAGAGUUGUCCCAACUUGGAGUACGUGGACUUUUCGAGCUCGAAGCUAACGAAUGACAGCAUCGGUAUUCUAACCAAGUUGAAAAAUCUCAAAGUUGUCAUUCUAAUACGAACGCAAGUAACGAUCGCUGGAAUGAUCGAACUGCUGAUAAAAGCUAAGAACCUGACGGAUAUUGGUCGCUAUGACGAAAUUGGAAAAUGUCUUGAAUUUAUCGACCAGAAUUAUCCGCAGGUCAGUUCCCUGAAGCUGCGUAAGUUCGAAACACGUUUCGCUACGACGCGUCACAUUCAGCUGCUGGCAGAGCUUUGUCCCGAUAUGGAACAUGUCUCACUGUUUCACAACAUGAUGUUGAUGGACCUAAUGUCCCUGAUUGCUAUCAAUAACCUUUCCGAGCUGUAUCUUCUUUCGUGUGACUUUUUUGCGGAUCGAGUCCGUGAUGUGCUCGAAGUCAAGGGUUGCAAUCUAACGGAGCUUCAUCUGGAACACGUGGAACAGAUCGAUAUGAACGCACUGAUUUAUAUCAGUCAAUACUGUCCGGAUCUGAAGAGUUUAUCGCUGUACAACUGCGUCCUGAUUCCGUCCACUUCGCUGCACAUUAGACGGUUCGCGAUUCCCCCGUUCAUGAACCUGGAACGUUUGUCAUUCGUCAGUCAGUGUCCUUUCCAACACCUGGAAUUCAUUCUCGGAACCGCACUGAAGAUCACUUUCAUUCAGUUGGGAACCCAAGUGUACACCAGUGAUGAAAUGUUCGAAAGAAUACUCCUCAAGAACCCGAUGCAACAUUUGGAAGAUCUCCGAAUUAUCAACUCGGAGGAGUUGACCAUUCAGACAGCGUAUCGUUUGUUGGACAGUUGCAUCAACUUGACCUCCCUUACGGAGAUCGAAUGCUGGAAGAAAGUCAAAGAUUUCGAAAUCGUGCUACUGCGGCAAAUGAUCCGGGAAAAGAACUACAACGUGAAUACGGCACCGCUUAGAAACUAUGCACAGUAGCGGAAGGAAAUGCAUGACAGAUUUCUUCAAAGUGUAAACAAAUGGCCUGCUGCGAUUUAUGAUGCAUGUCAUAUUUUUCCAAGUGUCUCGUUACGAGCUAUCUAUCAGUUUUGAAAUACUUUGGUUUUGCUUUGUAUGCGUUAGAUUAGUAGAAGGAAAUAUGAAAAUGUAUCACGAUAUAAUAACGAAAUUCAAUAAUAAUCAUAUUUUAGUAAUAUAAA